AUUUAACCGUUCAGUGCAGAUCACGUCACACUAAGAGGGCCUUCUGCGCCUUAUCGGUGAUUUGGAGCUUGGAUCGACUUUCACCUAGCUAUUAUUAUUAUUACCUCUCCGCGGCAUACCUUUUCUUGCGCUUCAGAUCCUCUUUCAUUUUUCAUUUAAAUAGCCAUUCCAAGAAAACCAUGGCCAUUUAUAUCUUCUAAUCCACGAUAUUCCUUCUAACCAAACCCUCAACUUCAUCCUCUCCUUCCCCUCUCUCUCUUCCCUCAACUAGAGGAACAAAAACAAACCAAGGCCUCGCACUCGCAGCGAGAGACAGAAUCGCAAUGUCCUCCAUCCCAACCGUCCAUUCUACCUCGAAAUCCAUACCAAUCCGCCAGAAAGCAUGGCACGAAUACCUCACCCUCGACCUCUUCCUAGCGGUGCUUAACCGCACGUUCCUCCACCCAUUCAUCGCCUGGAUCGUGGUGCUCUGUCUGCGCGCCCAGGUUACGCCUUACGAACACCCGGCUAUGAUCAUUGCGAUUUCGUACGCGAUCCUUUUGACGGUCUAUACUGGGGCGCAGAUGGUUAGUGAGCGCAUCGCGUUCGGAUUGCCUCGUACCGUUGAUCUGGGCGAGGAAGUCGUGGUGAUCACGGGGGGUGCAAGUGGGCUGGGGCAGUUGAUUGCGCAGAUCUAUGGUAUGCGUGGUGUCAGCGUUGCUGUGUUGGAUGUGAAGGAAGUAGCGGAAAUUGAGGGGUGGGAGGAGUUGUCGGGCGUUGAGUACUAUAAGUGUGAUGUGGGAGAUAGGAAGGAGGUAGAGAAGACUGCGAGGAUGAUUGAGAAAGACCUCGGUACACCUACGGUGCUGAUCAAUUGUGCCGCAGCCGGGAUUAAUGCACAGCCAUUCCUCUCCCUCUCUACAAGCGCCAUCAAGAAGACGAUUCAAACAAACUUGCUCGCACCGUUCCAUACCUGUCAGACGUUCCUCCCGGGGAUGCUGGAAGCAGAGAACGGUGGUACCAUUGUCAACGUCAGCUCUGUACUGGGCCAGCUUUCUGCCGCGGGUCUUUCAGACUACUCGGCCAGCAAGGCGGGUCUCAGUGCCCUUCACAGAACCCUGGAGGCUGAGCUGCGAGCAUCCGGGGACCACGAGAGAGUGAAAAUGUUGCUUGUUGAGAUCGGGCAGAUGUCGACUCCCCUCUUCGACAGGAUUCAAACACCUAAUCGUUUCUUUGCCCCCGUCCUCGAACCAGUCCAAGUCGCUCAGGCUAUCAUUUACGCCGUCGACAAUGGUAAGGGGGGAGUAAUCAGGCUCCCUGCUUUUGCCACGUUGGUCAAUCUGUAUGCGGCAUUGCCCGUCGGAGUUCAGAGAAUUGCUCGCUACCUAAGCGGCAUCGAUACAGCCGUAGCCAAGUCCGCUGCAGAAAAUGUUGAGCAGCAGCAGCCUCCCUCACAAGACCAGACGUCCGAAAGCGAGCUGGAGAUUAUCAACGCGGAACAAUGAUGCGGUUCAGAUGAAAGUCUGUCCCAUUGUACAUAGAGCCAGGCGAUCUAUGCCGAUAAUCGUAUUUUAAUGUAUAUGGAGGGCUCCGGGUGAGCCCAAUUAGCGCAAGUCACGAAAGAUCAAAUGGUAAUCCUCACGCCAAUGUU